UUUUGCUUCACUUUCACUCACCCUAAUUCCCAUGGAUAACUCCAGAAAAAACCCACUUAAGCCAUGGAAGAAAGGCCCCACCAGAGGCAAAGGAGGCCCUCUCAAUGCCUCUUGCCACUACAGAGGUGUUAGGCAAAGAACUUGGGGCAAAUGGGUUGCAGAGAUCAGGGAGCCAAAUAAAAGAACUCGACUCUGGUUGGGUUCUUAUGCCACUGCUGAAGAAGCUGCCAUGGCUUAUGAUGAGGCUGCUAGGAGAUUAUAUGGACCUGAUGCUUAUCUCAACCUUCCCCAUCUUCACCCUAACUCUAUUAAUUCCCCAAACAAAUCACACAAGUUCAAAUGGAUACCUUCCAAAAACUUCAUUUCUAUGUUUCCUUCUUGUGGCUUGCUUAACAUUAACGCUCAGCCUAGUGUUCAUGUUAUUCAUCAAAGGCUACAAGAACUUAAGACGAAUGGAGUUUUGAAUCAAACCUCUUCUUCUAGUUCCAUAACUUCCGGCAUGUCAAAUGCUAGGGUCCCAAUGAAAGGUGAUAAAUCCCAAGUGGAAGAUCCUUCUGUUAAGGAGCAAGAGGUGGAACUUUCAUCUGACAAGAUGCUGGGACAUCAUGAAGAGAAGCAGCAAAUUGAUCUAAAUGAGUUUUUACAGCAGUUAGGCAUACUGAAAGCUGAUAGUCCAGUAGAAACAACUGAUACACCAGUGUGUUCUUUACUACCAGAACCUUCAACAAAAGAUUAUGGUGAACUAGCGGCCUUUGCUGACAAGAGUUUCAAUUGGGAUGCACUGAUUGAAAUGCAUGAUAUCACAGAACAUCAAGGAGCAGAAGCCAGUUGCUUCCAAGUGUAUGAUACUCAAGAGGAGGUUACUCCACCUACUUCCAUUUGGAACUUCUGAAAGAAUAGCUGAAUUUUGAAGUUACAGUUAGCUGCACUAAUAUCCUAAUGGAAAUACAUUCAUGUAUCAGCAACACCAGGCUAUAGAUUAGUUCGUUCUAGAUCUACUGCAGGUUGGGUAUGACUGUCAUAUUUCUAUCUUAUAGUACCAGAGAAACAUAAGAAAAUUUUAUUUACUUGACCAAUAGGAAGACUUGCUGUGCUAGUAUAAUAUAUGGUAACAAAGGUGAGAAACAGGGAAUUUCGUUGUUGCAGUUACGAUAGCAAACUUAAUUUCUGUCUGUGGGUGAUGUUCUGAUAAAGUGUGAGUUUGGUUUGUUUUCA